AUGCCCUCCUUCCUACCGUCUUCUCUUUUUUUAUUUUUGAUUUUUGUCUCUGUCGGAGCGGAUAAGGUUUGUAUUGGCGCGGAUCCAAAACCUCAUCUUUUUCCUAUUCAGCUACCUUUUGAAAACCCGUUCCUGUUGAAAUCUGCGAAUCUUUCUCCCCAAUGUCAAAAUGACACCGACAAAUAUUCGACCUCUCUCAAGGCUUUCGUCACAACGGAAACUGAAUGUCUGAUCACUCAGAACUGCACUACACAACAGAAGAAGAUCCUCAAGGACAACUUGUACGCCUUGAAACGUGAGAUGAUGAUUCAUUUUUAGAAAAAAAUAGUCAUUGAAAAAUUGAUUCUACACGGCAAGGUGUUUGAUAAAGUUCGAUGAAUAUAAACCGUCAAAAAAAAACUUCUUUCGUCUGUUUAAAAAUUAACGCGUUGUUGAAAAAACAACAGACAAGGCUUAAAAAUUUCAAGACGAAGAGUCACUUCCGAUGGAAUUUCAGAUUUUUCAAAUCAUCUGCGAUUUUAAACCCCUACAUCAAACAGAAGAAUAUAAAGAAAAAAUGACAGAAAAAAGCCAAAAUAAACAAAUAAAAUAACCGAUCGAUAAAAAACUGACCAAAUGCGCGCUAUCGACAAAAACUACUCUUUGUAGCCGCUCUAGGGAUUUCAUUUUUUUCUCCCAUUUUUUUUUUUUGAAAUUUUACAUCUUUUCCUUCAUUUUCAUCGAUCAAAUUCUUAGAAUACGAUGCGUCCGGUCAUUUUCCGGCACCGGGAGAGUUCGAGUACAGAGUGAUCAUCGAAGGAUCCUCCGCAGGAUGUUAUGCGGCUGGAAAAUCGGCUCCUUAUGACACCAAGUACUGCUACAUUCGUCUAGCCAUUGGAAAGGUUUGAGCAAAGCAGUAAAUCAUGGCCUUCUCAUGGGUUUCCUGAUAAAAAAGUUCGUUGAGCGGUCAAAAAAGUUUUUAUAGUAAAAUCUUCUGAAAAAGCUUGAUUCUAUUGUUAUUUGAAAGUGCAAAUUGGAAGUUCUUUUUUCGGUUUAGUUCUCCCUGUAUUUUUCUAACUACUGUUAUCUGUAUAAACUAGACUUGAUUUGCUUCAUCCAUAGGACAAACUGUGAUAUCAAUUUUGUGAGUUCAAAAGAGAUGACGUACUGAUAAUUCGUAACGAAUUCCUUCCAAAGAACGGUUAUCUUAUUAGCAUCUCUUUUCAUUAUCAAUUGGCCAGUGUCAAUCGAGAAAAACCGCUUAAAGAGACUGAUCUGCGUCAACUUCAGCGUCGUCAUGAAUAUGAUUAGGGGUGCGAAAGUUUUUGAACUGUAUUUUGAUUCGUGCAUCAGUAAAAAGGUCUUGAAUGAUUUGGCUUGAAAAUUUUGACAUUUAAUCGAACUAAACAGAAGGAUUUUACUUAAAGUUACUAGCAAGGUAGGCAAAAUUUUUUUGGCUGUUGAUUUUCUGAAUUUUGGUUAGAAUACUCUUUGAUGUUUUAGAUUAACAUCCAAAAAGCUCCCAACUACAGAAAUUAUGAUUUUUUGAGAAAAAAAAAGUGAUCCAUAUGGCCUGUUUUCUCAGCUUUUCAUAGUUUUUCUUCGAUUUUUAAGAGGCCUUUUCGCAAAAUAAUAGAAUUUUUUCUAGGCUGAAACUUGCUGAAGUUUUCUCUUUCACAUUCGGGAAUUUUCUGAAAUCUUAUAAAGAAAUCAAUUCUCUAGAAGUAUUUGAAGAAACAUAUUACUCUAGGAAAGUUCAAAAAAAUAAUAAUUUUUUUUAGAACGCCACCUGUAUUGCCCCGCCCAUCCGACAAGCCAUUUGCGUGCCGGUUAGCUGCGGGAAAACUGUAAGAAAAAUGAAACAGUCAUCAAUCAUACCGUAAUUAAUUUCAAGGAUAUCGCUGCCAUUUACAAUGCCAAUCCAAAUCGGAUAUUCACGGCUUGCACGGCGCUUUGCCCGCGAGAACCGCCGCCCAAAAAUACGGCUUUUUGGGUCUAUACGUAGAUUUUAAGUGUAUUAUAGAGUAUUAAAAAUCGGUUGCAGAGGUUUUCUGAUAGCCAUGACGGUGAUAGUGAUGACGGCAAGUGUGGUGGAUUACUUGCGGGAAACUUUGCACGGCGUCAAGUCCGCCAAGGAGACCAACUACUGUAUGGGGCUUACUGUAGUCUUGGAGUCAUAUUACGGUUACAGUACUCCGACUGCUGUCUUCCUUUUCGAUCUACACCAACGCCGAACUGUUGUUAUCGGUGAAGGAACCCAAAGAGGGCCAUAUCCGAAGUUUGGACUGUAUCCGCUUUUUCUCAAUGUCUUGGGUCGUUUCUGGACAUGUCAUCGGCGAUUUCAUCAUGUCUGGUUGGUGGUUUUGAACUUGAAAUCAAAAAAAAAUCCACAGUUUUCUUGAUGAUUCGCGCUCUGCGGACAAAAAUGUCUUGUUUCUCCAUGUUUGGACCUUUUAAACGCUAAUCGGACUUGUCUAGUGGCUACUUCAGAAGCGUCAGCACACUUAAGUGGUCCCUAGAUAGUUUUAUGUAGGAAAUAACUUUAGAGAUUUUGAAAAAGUAGUUCAAAUUGAAAAUUCAUGCGGCUGUACAUACACAGAGAGCGUCGUUUUCCUUGCCCUUCGUCGAUUUUUAGCCUAGUGACCACUAAAGGGAUGUUAGGAUACCUUCAAUGUUCACUUGGAGUUCCAAGACUUAGAAAUCCUAAAGUGGACCAUAGAGGGAUUGGAGAAAAAAACACCCCCUCCCCUCUUGGGGGUAAUAAAAGGCUCCUAGAGGGUUAAUUACUUAAGUGGUCCCUUUAGGAGUUCAGUGUCUGACACUGAGCCUUUAAAGCUCAAGUGACCCCUAUAGUGGUUCUAUAACUUUAUGCCGUUGCUUUGAAGUUAAAAAGAGGCAUAGGACCAUUUACUAAAAUCCGCCAAAGUGGCCACAUUUGCAAGCUUUAGUGCCCCUCUAGGGGACACUCUAGCGUUUCUGAAGUUUUUCGUGUUUUACAAAGCUAAAUUUUUUGCUAUGCAUUUAGUGGCGUUAGCGAGAUGGGCCGAUUAUGAUUUUUUCAAGUAGAAAUAAAAGAAGCGAGGCUAAAUUUUUUGCUAUGCAUUUAGUGGCGUUAGCGGGACGGGCCGAUUAUGAUUAUUCCAAGUAGAAAUAAAAGAAGCACUAGAAGAGCUGCUUGAGUGAUCACUAAUGGGUUCAGAAUCGUCCGAAAGACCCUGAAGCUUCUUUAUUUUUUUCAGGCUCCUACUGGGGCAGUAAACGGAAAAUACCCUAUUGUGUCCAUAGAGCGCAAAUUUUUGAGAAAAACAUGAAGAUUUUCAUUUUUUUUUUCGUAGGGUUUCGUUUUGAAGUUCUAUUUCGAGUCAUCUUUCCAUCUCAAAAUUAAAUCCAAACGGCUUUUUUUUUAGAUACCUUCAGCCCACUUUUCAAACUGAGAAAAGAUUGGAUCAACGAGACGUUUAUUAACGCUUUUGUUUCCGUCGACACCUUUUUCGUACUCUCUGGCGUUGUUGUAGCUUAUCUCUUCUUCAAGGUGUAGACUUUCCAAACCAAAAAUGAAAGAAGGAAGUUCAGAAUGCUCCGAAAAGAAAGGUUAUCACGAACCCAAUCACUUGGAUCAUGUUCUAUGUUCAUCGGUAUUUGAGGUGAGUUUUUAAGAAAUUCAUGAAUUUAUAAAGUUGGAUGUUCUUAAAAAAUCCUUCAGAUUGACCCCGCCAAUCAUGCUUUUCAUUGGAUUUUUCGUUGUUUAUGGCGAUUAUAUCUAUGGCCCGUGGACCGCCUCGUCUUUUAGUUCGUUUUUUCAGUUUUCAAGAAAAAAUUUGAUGUUUGAGAAUAAUUUCUAGCUCUAAAUGGCUUGGGUCAUUCCAAUCAUAAUAAUAUUUAAUUUUCAGAUCAAAUAACCCCACAAGUCCAAGCAUGUUCCAAAUAUUGGUGGCGAAAUCUCAUUUAUAUCAACAAUUUUAAUAUGAAUGAUCAGGUAAAAAUGGAAUUUUCAAUGAAAUCAUUGAGGAAAUUGAAUAGGAGAAUUUUUAAAAGCUAAAAAUUCAGGAAUCAGAAAAAAUCAUCGAAAAAUUAGUCUUCCUUCAGAGAAAAUAUGCUGAAAAUUGGUUCGAUUCACAUUUUUUAACCUGUGGCCUUGAAUUUCUCACUAGUCAGUUUUAUCAUAAAAUUUCGAUUCUAUCCGAAUUUUAUAGUAAAAAGUACAGAAAACUUGAAUAAAGCAGAAAAAUUGAUCAGGUAUUUGUGAAAUUUGAUAAUCCAGCGUUUUUUCUACAGUAGUCAGGUUACUGUAGCGCUCAGUUUUUUUUUUGUGAGUUUUGAUAAUCCAGCGUUUUUUCUACAGUAGUCAGGUUACUGUAGUCUUUAAUGAGCUCUUAGAUUUUCUGCAGUUUUAGAAAUUUUUUAUGCUUGGAUCAGGUCGUGUUUUGCUCCUGAAAUAUAUGAAAAUUCAUUUUUCUCAAAAAGAAAAAGCGGAAAUAUUUUUUUCAAAGUUCUGAUUGCUUUAUUUUUUGAUCAAAAAAAAAAUCAGUUUUAUCGAUUUUUUUUUUCCAGUGCUACGGCCCUUCCUGGUACCUGGCCGUGGACACCCAACUUUACGUCAUUAUCCCGAUUUUCCUCAUCGCUUUGUAUUUUUCGGCGGUCGUUGGUGAGUUAAAACUCGAAAAAAAAAAAUGGAACUUCGUUCAAAGUUUGAAAAAAGUCAAUGCCGUGGUGAAUAAUAGGGGCAGGACAAAGUACAGAUAAAUGACAACGAUUGGAAAGUGGGAGUGAUAAGAAAUUCGGUGUGAAUCACAAAAAUCGCUGCUUUACGAUUGAUUUUUUUUUUGGGGAGCGGGAAAGAAAAGAGAAAAAGUGAACGAACAAUGAUAUUUUUAGUUUUCAAAGUAUAAGUUUUUUUCCCUCAUGUUUGACUUCCUUGCGGAACCUCUUAAGUGGCUACUAGAGUUUUUACCAGGAAAGGAGAAAAAAAAAACUCAAAAACUGCCUUGAAAAUAAGCACAUGUGCGCUCCACUGAGAAAAAGUUCUAUCUCUAGUUUUUUUUUUUUAAUUUCAAGUUAAUUUACUCGGAAACUUUGAAAACUGGUUAGAUAUUUCUGGCUUUUAGAAGCCUUAUAAGAGGAAGUUUGGAGAAGUUAGCCAUUUUUUUUUUUGGAAGUACGGCUGUCUUUUUCAAAAUGAUAUUAGUACUGAAAUUGUAACACGGAACAACUUACUGAAGACACGGUUUUGGGGGCGUUGCUAACUGCAAAUGGCGCACAGUUGUUGAGUUUCUAAAAUCUUGUGUUUAUUCAUACUUUGAAGCUCUCAUGCUGGCUUGGUGUCUCAACGGGUGUACCCGUAUUGAAUCCGUGUUUUUUGAGGGUAGUUGGGCUAAAACGGGAGUAAAUCGGGCUUAAGAAGAAAUAGGUGAUCCAGCUAUGAUUAUUUUAAAAAUCUGGAGCAUAACCGGGCUAAAACGGUGGCUAACUUUGAUGAAAAAUGCCAGGAAUUCUACCAAUUGGGCUCUUGCGGGCUUAACAAGGGCACACCCGAGAAAACCCCGUUUCAGCCCGGCUUGUUAACCUCAUAAGUAGAGAGAUGCCAUAAGUUAUACCAGUGAUUCUACGGGCUUAAUGAGGGCAAGCCCGCUGAGAGCCCGUUUUAGCCCGGCCGGUUACCCUCGUCGGAAUAGGAGGAGAAUUAUUGAAAAUGAGAUUUUCAGGAGUCGUGGCAAUUGUUGCGGCAUGUGCGGGAAGUGUCGUGACCUGUUACAUUUUGAUGAUUCAGAACGAUCUUCCAACUCAUCCGCUUGGCCCUGAGUGUGUAUUCCUUUUCAAUCUUAACACGCUGUCUCCGUUAUUCUCAAAAACAACGGGUACAAUAAAAAAAAAUUUUUUUGAUUUCGACAAAACUUCAUCCAGUGUGAUAACCCAUCAUCAGAAAUGCGGACCCAACUUUUUGAGCCAUUUCCUCUUACUGUAGCCGGGUUACGGUAGGCAGGUGGGCACCUGCGUAUCUCAGUAUUUAUGAGUUUUUUUAUUAGGCAAGUGAUAUAUCAAUCGAUAGGUAAUUCAAUUUUAGGAACUUUUACAGUACAUACCAUCAUGGGUUACGGUGGGAAAAUUUUGAGUUACGGUACUUUUUGUGUCCGCCGAGUCAGUUUUUCGACCACCAUGAGCUUGAGCCGGGAGAUCCAUUCUUCCUAACUUCUCAAAAGAUACCUUAUGAGAAGCUGUACAAGCUGUUACUAGUUUGAAAAAAUCCUAGGUGGACCAUCAUUUCGAAAAAUCGCCUCGAAGGCGCGCAAUCGUGGUCUUGCGGCGGCCAAGUGGGUGAAGUCCAUGAUGCCUGACGGCUCAUUCUUCAGAGAUCCAUUCUAAUCUUUGUUCCCAUUUCACUAAUAGACAUCUAUUAUUGAUUUUUAUUUCAAUUUGAGAUGUUUUCGGGUUGACCAUCAUCUCGAAAUUUCAUUUUGAACCCAAAUUUGGCCUAAAAUGGCCGACUCGGCCUUUUUCACGGGAUCCCUGACCCCGUAUGUGACCGUUCUCAACUUUUUUCUUUCUUAAACAUGAACAAGAGUGUCUGAACAACAGUUUUAUAACAAUCGGAACCCCUUUUGAGAGGACCAUCAUCUCGAAAUUUCAUUUUGAACCCAAAUUUGGCCUAAAAUGGCCGACUCGGCCUUUUUCACGGGAUCCCUGACCCCGUAUGUGACCGUUCUCAACUUUUUUCUUUCUUAAACAUGAACAAGAGUGUCUGAACAACAGUUUUAUAACAAUCGGAACCCCUUUUGAGAGGACCAUCAUCUCGAAAUUUCAUUUUGAACUCAAAUAUCGGCUUAGUUUCCCCAUUUGAAGUUUUUAUCAUUUACAUCGAAAUCUAUUCUGCCAAUUUAUUUUCAAAACAGCUAAUCAAAAAAAUGAGAAAUGUGAAAUACCAAGAAAUUUUUUUCAUAAAAAGAGAAAAACUCGUCUUUCUGACUACCGGUGAGGUUGAAACUUAACUUUCAAGGUGAUUUUUUUAAAAAAUGUUUUUUUAUUAUAACCUAAAUAGUAGUUCUAAAUCUUCAAAAAUUUUUUUCAUACCUAAAAAAACAAGACAUUCGUCUUGUGACUAUUUUUUUGUGAGAAGAAACCAAAAAUAUUUCGAUUUUCAAGCAAAAAUUUUUAUUUAAAAAGUGGGUUUCCUAGGUAAACGGUCAUUUUGGAAUUGGUCCAAAAAUAAAUUUUUAUUUUCAGUUCUCAUCUUUAUAUUCUCAUCAAAAAAAGUUAAAAAGGGCCAAGAUCUGUAUUGAGGGAACCAAUAAUUUCAUUGGAAGGGUAAACCAAAAAGUUUUUCAAGCCAAAUUCAUGUUAAAAAUCGAUAUUUCGAGAUGAUGGUCCUCUCAAAAUGGUUUCCGAUUGUUAUAAAACUGUUGUUCAGACACUCUUGUUCAUGUUUAAGAAAGAAAAAAGUUGAGAACGGUCACAUACGGGGUCAGGGAUCCCGUGAAAAAGGCCGAGUCGGCCAUUUUAGGCCAAAUUUGGGUUCAAAAUGAAAUUUCGAGAUGAUGGUCCUCUCAAAAUGGUUUCCGAUUGUUAUAAAACUGUUGUUCAGACACUCUUGUUCAUGUUUAAGAAAGAAAAAAGUUGAGAACGGUCACAUACGGGGUCAGGGAUCCCGUGAAAAAGGCCGAGUCGGCCAUUUUAGGCCAAAUUUGGGUUCAAAAUGAAAUUUCGAGAUGAUGGUCAACCCGAAAACAUCUCAAAUUGAAAUAAAAAUCAAUAAUAGAUGUCUAUUAGUGAAAUGGGAACAAAGAUUAGAAUGGAUCUCUGAAGAAUGAGCCGUCAGGCAUCAUGGACUUCACCCACUUGGCCGCCGCAAGACCACGAUUGCGCGCCUUCGAGGCGAUUUUUCGAAAUGAUGGUCCACCUAGGAUUUUUUCAAACUAGUAACAGCUUGUACAGCUUCUCAUAAGGUAUCUUUUGAGAAGUUAGGAAGAAUGGAUCUCCCGGCUCAAGCUCAUGGUGGUCGAAAAAAACUGACUCGGCGGACACAAAAAAAGUACCGUAACUCAAAAAUUUUUCCCACCGUAACCCAUGAUGGUAUGUACUGUAAAAAGUUCCUAAAAAUUGAAUUACCUAUCGAUUGAUAUAUCACUUGCCUAAUAAAAAAACUCAUAAAUACUGAGAUACGCAGGUGCCCACCUGCCUACCGUAACCCGGCUACAGUAAGAGGAAAUGGCUCAAAAAGUUGGGUCCGCAUUUCUGAUGAUGGGUUAUCACACUGGAUGAAGUUUUGUCGAAAUCAAAAAAUAUUUUUUUUUAUUGUACCCGUUGUUUUUAGAAAUUUUUGAGAAUAACGGAGACAGCGUGUUAAAUUUGAACACUUCAAGCUUAAAAUUUUGACUUUUUUUUAAUCGAAAAAUUGCAACCUUUGACCCAAAAAAUGUGCAAAAAACGCGAUUUUCUAUGACUCAAACAUUCAAAAAAAGUAUCAAACCUUAAUAAAAACAAUAUUUCCAGCCCACAGCAAAAGUUCAUGCCCUACAUAUACGUGAAGCCCUGGAUCCGUUGUCCUCCCUAUUUUAUCGGAAUUUUGACCGGAUAUUUCCUGGCCAAGGUUGGCAACAGAAGAAUUCGCGCUCCAUGGGUAAUUUGUACAGGAGUUUGCCAGGAAAAAGGGAAUUUUUCAAGAUCUUGAUCGUCAUCGGAUGGAUCUCGGCUGGAGUCCUCGGCUCGGCUUGUAUCUAUUCGAUUCAGGGUUAUACCAGUGGCGCGGAUCAUUGGAGGUACUGGUUUGGUCAUUUUGGAGGCUUUGAGGAGGCUUGAAAAUAUUGUUUUACACUUUAAAAGUUGUAUUUUUGCUCACUUUUCUAGAUUUUUAACAAAGUUUCACACUAGGGAAAGGGAGGUUUCUUUAAAAUUAGGCCCUAAAAUAGCAUUUUUGUGCCCUGAUUUCGAAUAUUUACCUGAAAAUCGCCAAGGGGUGACUGCAAUAAAAUGUGACCCCUGAAAAUUGAAAAAGGCUUCAGAUUGAGCUCAUUUUGGAAGAAAUUUAGUUUUUACUGGUUUCUCUAGCGAUACAUUCAAGUUAAAAUCUCCAUGACUUUUUCACAGACCUACUUGGACAGUUUUUAAGUUCGGAAUUAGAUUUUUGACGAAAAAAUGCACCUGGUGAAGUAUUUUUCAAAACUCCUACUCUGAACGAAAAUUGAAGCGAAAAUGCUCGAAAAUUGAAAUUAUGUUCAAAAUUACGUUUUCCGCUUAUUUUUUUCUAAAAAUUGAAAAAGAUCUCAUGCUGGGUGAACCCGUAUUGAACCCGUGUACUUUUUCUAGGCUAGUUAGGUCAGAGUUGGGCUAAAACGAGCGAAAAACGGGUGCAAGGAGAAAUAGGUGACCCAGCGGCGUUCAUUUCAAAAAUCUGAGACGCAAAAACAGAGCCUCAGCGGGCUUAUACGGGUUUAAAACGGGUAUACGGUAUACCCGAUAAUAUACCGUCUUCGAACCGCUGGUUAACCUCAAGCAUGGAAAAAGGAUCUUGAAACUUCGAUUCAACGUUUAUUUUUUUCAGCAAGUUCGUCAGAGCGACCUACUAUAAUUUUCAUAGAAUCGGCUGGUCGCUGGCCGUUUCCUGGGUGAUUAUCGCGAAUCAUCUCGGCUGGGGAGGUAAUCAGGAGAAAAGAGUAUUUCUACAGUAAUCCCUUCGCGUCAGGACCCAUUAACAACUUCAUGUCCCAUCCGAUUUGGCAGCCCUUCGGCCGGUUGUCCUAUUGUGCCUAUAUUGUCCACUGGAUGGUCAUCUACUACUUUUUCAACCUCAUGGACGGAUCCAUGCAUUUCGUGUCCCUUUGGCAAACUGUAGGAUUUUAGAAUAUUGUUUUUUUAAAUGCCUAAACAAAGAUUUUAGAGCUUCAACUUCAAAAUUAUAAAAUGUAUAAAUUUUUUCUGAAAAAUCUUCUUUUCAGUACCUCUACUUUGUCAUUCCUGUCACUCUGAUGGCUUAUUUCUGCGCCUUUUUCUGGAGUUGCUACUUCGAGGUUCCCACUUUAAAGUGAGAUAUUCCAGAAAUAUUUCCUAAAAAAAAUCUGAUUUUAAGACUCGAAAAGAUGCUCAUCGAAGCAAUCAUGAAGAAACUUGGCGCCAUGCCAGCGAAAACCUCGGAUAAACUGGCCGUGGAAACUUCGAACCAGGAGAAAAAAGGAAAUAACUGGGACAUUCCCAACGAACAGCCGAAUCUUGUCGAAAAAUUGUGA